UCGUCGUUCGGAUAGAUGGUGUUGAAGUACCAUGUGACGUGGAAUUUAGCCUUUUUCGAUUUCACUGAACCGAUACGAAACGAGCGAAACACGCGUAAGGUCAUGGUUACAUUAAACGAGUGGUCGGACGAAACGACGUUUACAAAUAUCCGGAGACUGCGUUUCUCAGACUCGGCGGACGAGCUUAGAAAAACUCGCCCGCUCGGUAAAGCCGAAAGAAGGAGGCGCGAAGCGGGAAGCGGGAAACGGCACGCGGUGAGUCGCCCGAGAAACAGGAAGCGCCGCGAUGGUCUACGUUGGAAUGUAAAUGGAGAAUCGACCGAGACCCGAGAACAAAAGAAGAGCCAACCGCGAGAAACGCGUAGUGCGCGUUGGGCGCGAGAAUUGGAUUAUCGCGUGUGGAUGGUUUCAGCCAAUCAAAAAUGGAAAGGCAAAUACUACGUAAAAUUUUGCGUAGUUUUUAGAAUAUUUAUCGGUAACAAAUUGCUUCUGGACUCUUUCUUGCGUCGAAUGCUCUUCGAAAAAAUAGGAAAGGGCAGGGAAGAGCAAAACGUUAAUGUAAUGUGUACAUUCGAGUGAAUUAUAAUCAUAAAUAUUACGUAACUCGUCCAAUAGUUUGUCCGCACGCGUCGCCCUCAGCGAGUUGGUUGUUCAGGAGUUUCGUUGGAAGUAUAGGUUAAACGUUAAAGAAAUUGUGCAUCAAACAUGAUAUUUACUAC